AUGCCGAAAGCCAAAAUAGUCGCUAAAAAUACAAAUGAAUUUAACGGUCAAAAUUUGACAGUCAAGAUGAAAUUAACAGUCAAAGAAGAGAACGUUAAACAAAAAAGUACGGAAAGACUCGCAGGGAGGAAAUCGGAAAAAAAGAAACUGCAGUGUGGAGUAUGUGGACAGAUCACGAUAAAUAUAAAAAGGCAUAUGAUGAUUCAUACCGAUGAGAAGCACCACAUUUGUCCGUUAUGCGGGAAAAGUUUCAGACUGAAACAACAUUUGAAACAACAUAUGCCAUAUCACGACAAUAACAGGCCGCUCCACAACUGUACUAUCUGCAGUAAAGGUUUCCUGAGUGAACGAUCUUUGAAAUCACACAAGAAUUGUGAAAGAAGUUGA